UGCAGAUAGUAUUUUCACUGUGGAUGCCCCACGGAUGUGGAUGCAUAGGUGGAUAUUUAAUACAUCACUAACACACACACACACACAUACACACUCACAUACACACAGAAAUAUAUAUGGUUUGGUGUCGAGCAUAUUGGAAAUUAAAAAGACUACAAAAAGAACAAUAAACCAGAUGUGGUACAUUUAAUGGAAACCAAACUAAAAGAGGAAAUAAAGUUGAGAUUUCCAAAGGAGGAGACAGAAUAGGAAAGGGAGGAGGAAGAGUGAUGAUAUUGGUAAAAGAGGAUAUUGUUGUUGAGGAAGUGGAAUAUGGUGAUGGAAUGGCAGAAUCUUUUAUUUUUUAUUUAUUUUUAUUUUUUUUAUAUGUAGGAGGGACACUGACCAAGGGCAACAAAAAUCUGAUAAAAAAAUGCUCACUGAAAUGCUAGUCCCAUAAAAAGGGUCCAAAGUGGUAGUCAAAAAUUGAAGGAUAAGUAUCUUGAAACCUCCCUCUUGAAGGAAUUCAAGUCAUAGGAAGGUGGAAAUACAGAAGCAGGCAGGGAGUUCCAGAGUUUACCAGAGAAAGGGAUGAAUGAUUGAGAAUUCCGGUUAACUCUUGCAUUAGAGAGGUGGACAGAAUAGGGGUGAGAGAAAGAAGAAAGUUUUGUGCAGCGAGGCUGCAGGAGGAGGGGAGGCAUGCAGUUAGCAAGAUCAGAAGAGCAGUUAGCAUGAAAAUAGCGGUAGAAGACAGCUAGAGAUACAACAUUGUGCGGCGGUGAGAAAGAGGCUGAAGACAGUCAAUUAGAGGAGAGGAGUUGAUGAGACAAAAAGCUUUUGAUUCCACCCUGUCUAGAAGAGCAUUAUGAGUGGAACCCCCCCAGACAUGUGAAGCAUACUCCAUACAUGGACGGAUAAGGCCCUUGUACAGAGUUAGCAGCUGGGGGGUGAGAAAAACUGGCGAAGAUGUCUCAAAACGCUUAAUUUCAUAGAAGCUGUUUUAGCUAGAGAUGAGAUGUGAAGUUUCCAGUUCAGAUUAUAAGUAAAGGACAGACCGAGGAUAUUCAGUGUAGAAGAGGGGGACAGUUGAGUGUCAUUGAAGAAGAGGGGAUAGUUGUCUGGAAGGUUAUGUCGAGUUGAUAGAUGAAGGAAUUGAGUUUUUGAGGCAUUGAAAAAUACCAAGUUUGCUCUGCGUGAAAUGUUCACCUCUUGAAGGGUUGGACGUCUAUGAAAAGAUGUGGAAAAGUGCAGGGUGGUAUCAUCAGGGUAGGAGUGGAUAGGACAAGAAGUUUGGUUUAGAAGAUCAUUAAUGAAUAAUAAGAAGAGAGUGGGUGACAGGACAGAACCCUGAGGAACAUCACUGUUAAUAGAUUUAGGAGAAAAACAGUGACCGUGUACCACAGCAGCAAUUGAACGGUCAGAAAGGAAACUUGAGAUGAAGUUACAGAGAGAAGGAUAGAAACCAUAGGAGGGUAGUUUGGAAAUCAAAGCUUUGUGCCAGACUCUAUCAAAAGCUUUUGAUAUGUCCAAGGCAACAGCAAAAGUUUCACCAAAAUCUCUAAAAGAAGAUGACCAAGACUCAGUAAGGAAAGCCAGAAUACCAGUAGAGCGACCUUGAUGGAACCCAUACUGGCGAUCAGAUAGAAUGUUGUGAAGUGAUAGAUGUUUAAGAAUCUUCCUGUUGAGGAUAGAUUAAAAAACUUUAGAUAGGCAGGAAAUUAAAGCAAUAGGACGGUAGUUUGAGGGAUUAGAACAGUCACCCUUUUUAGGAACAGGCUGAAUGUAGGCAAACUUCCAGCAAGAAGGAAAGGUAGAUGUUGACAGACAGAGCUGAAAGAGUUUGACUAGGCAAGGUGCAAGCACGGAGGCACAGUUUUGGAGAACAAUAGGAGGGACCCCAUCAGGUCCAUAAGCCUUCCAAGGGUUUAGGCCAGCAAGGUCAUGGAAAACAUCAUUGCGAAGAAUUUUAAUAGGUAGCUUGAAGUAGUCAGAGGGUGGAGGAGAGGGAGGAACAAGCCCAGAAUUGUUCAAGGUAGAGUUUUUAGCAAAGGUUUGAGCAAAGAGUUCAGCUUUAGAAAUAGAUGUGAUAGCAGUGGUGCCAUCUGGUUGAAAUAAAGGAGGGAAAGAAGAAGAAGCAAAGUUAUUGGAGAUAUUUUUGGCUAGAUGCCAGAAGUCGUGAGGGGAGUUAGAUCUUGAAAGGUUUUGACACUUUCUGUUAAUGAAGGAGUUUUUGGCUAGUUGGAGAAGAGACUUGGCUUGGUUCCGGGCAGAAAUAUAAAGUGCAUGAGAUUCUGGUGAUGGAAGGCUUAAGUACCUUUUGUGGGCCACCUCUCUGUCAUGUAUAGCACGAGAACAAGCUGUGUUAAACCAAGGUUUGGAAGGUUUAGGUCGAGAAAAAGAGUGAGGAAUGUACGCCUCCAUGCCUGACAUUAUCAUCUCUGUUAUGUGCUCAGCACACAAAGACAGGUCUCUGACACGGAAGCAGUAAUCAUUUCAAGGAAAAUCAGCAAAAUACCUCCUCAGGUCCCCCCAACUAUCAGAGGCAAAACGCCAGAGGCACCUUCGCAUAGGGGGAUCCUGAGCAGGGAUUGGAGCGAUAGGACAAGAUACAGAGAUGAAAUUGUGAUCAGAGGAGCCCAACGGAGAAGAAAGGGUGACAGCAUAAGUAGAAGGAUUAGAGGUCAGGAAAAGGUAAAAAAUGUUGGGCGUAUCUCCAAGACAGUCAGGAAUAUGAGUAGGGUGUUGCACCAAUUGCAACACCCUAUUGAAUGAUGUGAUUAAGAUCAAAGGAAGUGAAAAAACGAAUGUUAUUGUGAUGUAUGUACCACCAAAAACUAAUGCAUGAGAGACCAAAAAAUAUAUAAUUAUGCAACUAGAAACAAGAAAUAGCAUAUAGGAAAUGAUAAGGAAAAGCAACAAAGUGCUUUUAGUAGGCAACUUCAACACUAAAGGAGUUAACUGGGAGGAGAUGGAAUUGAAAGAAAAUGUCAGGUCAUGGAGCAAAGAACCUUUGCUUACCAUGAUGGUGAAUACAAUGAGACAGUGGGUGAACAAACCUACAAGAUGCAGAGAAAAAGAACCAUCACAGUUGGACUUAGUGUUUAUGAAAACCCCAGAAGGUAGACCAAGUAUACAUUGUCUGAAUCCAAUGGGAAGAAGUGAUCAUUUGACAAGAGAAAUAGUACUACAGGAGGAAACAGUGUUACACAGGAAUGAAUAAUUUAAAAAUGGGAGACAGAACUAUGCUAAAGCAAACUUUGCAGAGCUUAAUAAAGUUUGUGGAAAAAUGAACUGGAAAGAGCUAUUUGAAGGUAAAGUACUACAAGAAAAAUAUGAGAUAUUUUUGAGCAAGUAUAGAGAAGGGGUGCAACAGUUUGUACCAAGUUAUAAAGUGAAAAUUGGGAAGCAUGAAUGGUAUAAUGUCGUGUGUAGAAGCAAAGAAGGAAAAGGACAGCAUGGAGGAAAUUGAUGAGAAAACUAAACAGAAAUACUAGAGAAGAAUACAGAAAGGCAAGGAAUGAAUAUGGCAUAAGAAGAAGAGAAGAAGAAAGAAAUUUUUAAAGUGACAUAGUAAGAAAAUACAAGGAAGAACCCAAAUUCUUCUACAGAUAUGUAAAUAGAAAAAUGAAACAUAGAGAUGACAUAAACAAGUUAAAAAGAGAAGGAAGUAUUUAUAAAACUACUGAGGAGAUGAGUGAACUAAUGAAUGAGAGUUCUUAAACUGUGUUUACAAAGAAAUCAAGAAACUGCUGGAAGAGCUGGAUGUUAGAAAAGCUAUGGGACCAGAUCAAGUAGAUUGGUGAAUAUUAAAAGGAUGAAGAGAACAAAAGGGGGAACCCAUAUGGGAUAUAAUCAACAGCUUGUUGAAAGAAGGAAAAGUACAAAGGGAAUGGAAAAGAGCUAACAUAGUACCAAUAUGGUAUACAAAGGGGAAAAUAAAAUGGAACCAUGAAAUUCCAGACCAGUGUCACUAACAAGUACUGUAAGCAAGCUUUGUGAAAUAGUAAUUAAUCCCUUCGUGCCCAGGCGGCUGACGGUCACCCAUGCAUCCCAUACCACCCACCCCCAAGACUUACGCUCAUCCAAAAAUAUUUAAGAAAUAUGCAUGUAAAUGCUAGAGAAGUGUUAUUAAUCCACUAUUUCCACUUAAAAAUGAGCAAUAUGGUAUAAAUAUACACAGUGAUAUAUUAUAACGUAUAAGAAAUAAUAAUGGCAAUGGUAAUGAUGAUAAAAAAUCAUUGUAAUGGGAUAAAGAUGGUGGUGACAAUAAAAGUACUAGGAAUAUAAGCAGUAGUUGUAGUGGUAGCAGUGGUGGUGGUAGUGGUGGUUGUGGUAGUAGUAGUAGUAGUAGUAGUAGUAGUAGAGUCAUUUACUUACGGUAAAUCACGGGUGGCUGGGGGGUGAAUGAAGUGGUGGGGGAAGAUUAGUUAUUUCGAUGCUUUUUGGCCACACCACUUGGCCCUGGUUGUGAAUCUGUAGCUAGUUCACUGUGCCACAGCUGGAAGUGGUCCAUGCAACACAGUCCUGGUUCACCAGGACACCCAGGGCAAUAGUAGACAGUAUCCUUCCUCUUCUUUCCAUUCUUCCAGCACACUCAGCAUCAUUUUUGCUUUCCUGACUGUUCAUGGUGAACCCAUGCAUGGUACAAGUCCUUUUCCUUCAUUACUUUCAGUGGGCAUUUCUUUCUCCUGGCCUCAUCUUCCCUGAUGAGUUCAGCAGCUCCAUGACUGUGCUCACGUAACCAUUGGUGGCUGACAUCCAUGAUGAACUGAAGAAAUUCACCUUUGUACUGUGACCCCUUUCAGUGCGCAAUGUAGGAAUUCAGAAGGAUACGGAAUAUGAAAUGAAUUCCAAGCUUUUUGAACCAGGCUAGGCUUUUCCUUCCGAAAGCAUAAGGCUCCAGCAACUGGUCAGCCAUAUCUACAGUUCCCAUUUUGCUGUUAUAUUUUUCAAUGUGCAGUGGUCUAUUAUAGAAAACAGUCUUUUCCCCAAAGUACCUUUUGCACUUUUCAACCAUACCAGCAGUGUAUUUUGUGGUAAGCACUGUCACUUCUUUCUUGUCCUGGUACUUGACAAGUAAAGUAUUCCCUUGUCUGGCAAAAACAGAUUGAAAUCUCUCUAAUUUUUCAGCCAUCAUCCUUUUGGGGGGUCCUCUACCACUUCUCACAACACCAGUCAUUGUGGUGUUACGGCUCAGCAAGUAAUUGCUAAGUCUGAGACUUGUGUACCAGUUAUCGGUGACUACAUGUCGACCAUGAUCCAGUAAGUCCUUCAUCAAAUGUAUGACAAUGUCUUCUGAAAUGCUGAGGUUCCCUGCUGCUGGAUCAUCAAUUUUGAAGGCCCCUUUGCCAUAAUAGACAGCAAAAUUCCAGGAAUAUCCAUCCCAGUGGUCACCAGAGGGGCAAAGAACAAAUACCUUGAUGCCAAAACGAGCUCUUUUUGUUUUUGUGAACUGUCUAAAUCCAAGACGACCCUUCCACAAAAUAAGUGCUUCAUCAACAGCUACAUCCUCACCUGGUUGCAUAACUGCUUGGCACCUGUCCCUCAUCAGGUCCAAAAAUGGUUCAAUUCUGGUUGACGGUACAUUUUUCUUGACAGUGACAGCAGAUGAAAAUCUCAAGAAUUUGAGAAUGGAGAGAAACCUAUUCCUACUCAUCACUUCCUUUGUGAAAACUCGUGGGCCUCCAAAAACUGCAUUGUUUGACCAAUACAUAUGCAUAUUGGGUAGUUGUACCACUCCCAUGACUAUCAAUAACCCAAAGAAUACAUGCAUGUCAUUGCUGUUGCUGGUUUCCACUUUAGCCCAUGUACUUUUUUCUUUAUUGGAUUUUCAGCAAAAUAAACAUUAGCUCUCUCAUUAGCCCAUGAACACAAUUUAGAAAUCACAUAGCCAUCUAUAAAAUUACUAAAAGCAUCUCCAGGAGUAUGGAAAGUAAGGGCUGGAAUAGCCUGGGGCCCUUGGGCAGCACCAUCAGUGAAGCCGGGCAGUGCACAUGGCUGUGCAUCAGCAAAGAUGUCGACAAGAAACUGCCACCCACUGUCUUCAACUGGAUCAACAUCCUGCCAUAAUUCACUAUCACUAAGCUCCAGUUCACUGUCACUACUCUCAUCUUCAUCCUCACUUUCUGGCACAUAUGAUGUAUCAAAGUCUGAAUCACCCCUGCCCGACUUGGCUGUAAAUUCCUAAAAACUGUCACAAAAUAUAGCAAAAAUAAGUUUCCAAUAAUGGCAAGGCAAUGAGAAGACACUAAAGUACGUCCUUUUGUAUCGAUCGCCUUAGGCAAACUGGGCAUGGAGAGGCACUUCUGGCCAGUAAUAUUUUAUGAUGGACAGUCACUCCACAUAUUAGCAAAUUGAUUGGCUGAUGGGCGUGGCUUAUUUUUAUUCUCAGCAGUAGGCUAUACCAGGCUCAUAGACUGUCUACAGGAUGAAAAACCACUCCGCAAUAUGUACGGGUAUCUCAUGACGUAUAUGUAUAUGUCAUGGUGUUUGGUAUGGAGCAUGUCUGUGACGUAAAGGUGUACGUCAUGGGCGUGAAGGGGUUAAAGGUAGAUGGGUGCAGUAUUUAGAAGAUGAAAAGAUAAUUACAGAAAAGCAAUUUGGAUUCAGGGAAUGGAGAUCCUGUGUCAUAAAUCUACUGAGCUUUUAUACGAGAGUAAUAGAUGAAGUGCAAGAGAGGGACGGAUGGAUUAAUGUGGUAUAGCUAGAUCUCAGAAAAGCAUUUGAUAAAGUUCCCCACAAAAAUCAUAUGUGGAAGUUAGAGAAUGAAGGAGGACUAUAGGGAGCAACAUUGAGAUGGAUGGAGGAUUAUUUACAAGGGAAGGAAAUGAGAACAGUAAUCAGAGACAGUAGUUCAAGUUGGUGCGAAGUGACAAGUGGGAUACUGCAGGGAUCUGUGUUGGCAUCAAUUAUGUUUCAAAUUUAUCUAAAUGAUAUGACAGAGGAUGUAAAUAGUUAUAUAAACCUUUCUGCUGAUGAUGCAAAAAUAAUGAAAAUAAUAAAGGAUGAAAAUGAUUGCAAGGAGUUACAAAAGGAUAUUGACAAGAUACACGCAUGGAGCCAAAGAUAGAAACUAGAAUUUAAUGCCAGAAAAUGCCACAUGUUGGAAAUAGGAAAAGUAGAAAGAGACCUUUGUGGAAUUACAAAAUGGGAGAAGAAAUAAUGACAAAAAGUAAUGAAGAAAAGACUUGGGAAUGCUGAUCCAGGACACACUAUUACCUGAAAGGCACAUAAACAGAAUAUUCAGCUCUACAGCUUGUUAACAAACAUUAGGGUGGCUUUUAACUAUUUAGAUAAAGAAAUUAUGAAGAAAAUUAUAACAAGCAUGAUACAUCCUAAAUAAAUAUGCAGCAGUAGUUUGCGCUCCACAUAGGAAAAAAAGAUAUAUGGAAACUGGAAAGAAUAUAGAGGAUAGCAACAAAGAUGGUACCAGAAUUGAAAGACUUAAACUAUGAAGAAAGACUUGAAGAGAUGGGAUCACCAACACUACAAGAGAGAAGAGAAAGAGAGGAGACCUGAUAACAAUGUUCAAAUUAGUAAACAAUAUAGAAAGAAUAAACAGAAAUGACUUGGUACCACAGAUGGAGGAGGAAUAGAGAGGACGAGGGGGCAAGGGAAGAAAAUAAAGAAGAGUGGAUGUUUGAGCGACAUCAAGAAAUACAGCUUUCCACAUUGAACUAUUGAAAUCUGGAUUAAUUUGAAGGAAGAGUUAGUUGUGGCAAACAGUGUACACAUGUUUAAAGAGAAACUGGAUAAAUAUGGUUAUGGAGACAGGACAAAAUGAGCUUUGGCUCAUGCCCUGUACAAUACAACUAGGUAAACACACACACACACACACACACACACACACACACACACACACACACACACACACACACACACACACACACACACACACACACACACACACACACACACAGAUUUCUCUGCUUGCUUGACUGGCUGAGAAGGAUAGCCAACCAGUGAGUAAGCCAGACGAUGGCCUCCGUAUGUUAUCUGCCGCCUCACCUGUCCCACUUUGGGCUUCUGGGAAUGUCUGAAGCUCAGGCAGGGAGAUGGUGUGUGGUGUCCCUAGAGUCAGUGUCUGCAGAAGUUUCCAUUCGUGGCUUUGUGGCUCAAGUGACAGCCAACAUGGUGUACUGCAACACUGCCAAACACCCACUGCAGGUGCGGGCAGUGUUGCCUGUGGAGGAGGGUGCCGCUGUGUACCACUGUGAAGCACGACUGGAUGGCAGAACCAUUGUGACUCACUGCAUGGAGAAGAACAAGGCAAAGAAGAUUUAUGAGGAGGCAGUGAGUGCAGGGAAGACAGCCAUCAUGACACAAGAACACCCUGAUUCCAGUGACAUCCUCACACUUAACCUGGGCAACUUUCCUGCUGGGACAAGAGCUGAGGUCACCCUGCGUCUGGUGAUGGAGUUGAGGGUGCAGACAGAUGGUGGCAUAAGCUUUGUCUUGCCCACAGUGCUCAACCCUCGCUACACCCCUCCUGACCACCCUAGGAUACAAGAGGAACUCCUCUCCAGAGGGUUGUUUGGGAAAGUUUGGGACCAGGAAAAACAUGAGGUACAUGUGUCGCAGCCUUACUCCAUCAAGGUGAAGGCCCAAGUGUGCGGCAGUCACCAAAUAGCUCGAGUUGUUUCCCACACUGACCCACUAAGUGUGACCCUGGCUGAUGAUGCAAUGUCUGCCCAGGUGAGCCAGGAUGGAGGAUUUGACUGUAACCAUGACUGGAGCAUGUUGGUGUACUACAAGAAUGCAUACCAGCCCCACCUACUGCGGGAGACUGGUGACCGCUCUGCCACUGGGAUCAUGAAGGAUGACCUGCUUAUGCUCAGCCUCUUUCCAGAGCUACCAACCAACACUUACUCCAGCAGGAACGAGAUUGUUUUUGUCAUCGAUCGCUCAGGAAGCAUGGGAGGGGAGAAGAUGCAGAGUGCUAGAGCAACAUUACUUCUGUUCCUCAAGAGUCUGCCACCAGGAUGUCUCUUCAAUAUUGUCAGUUUUGGAUCAUCCUUCUCAGCACUGUUCCCGGAGGGGAGUCACAUCUAUUCCGAGAAGACACUGAAUGAGGCAUGCCAGCUGCAGGCCAACAUGUAUGCCGAUAUGGGAGGCACGGAGAUACUAGCACCCUUGAAGAGCAUUUAUGCCAAGCCACCCACACCCGGCUACUCUCGACAGAUUCUGCUGAUCACGGAUGGGGAGGUUAGCAAUGUGGACCAGGUGACGCAGUUGGUGGGCCGCCAUGCACAUGAAACACGCCUCUUCUCUGUGGGCAUUGGUCAUGGGGCAUCCACAGCUCUGGUGCGUGGGGUGGCCAGGGCAGGACGGGGCCGCUCAGAAAUGGUGGUACAACAAGGACUCCUCCAGCAAAAGGUGAUGGGCCUGGUGAGCUCCAUGGUGCAGGAGAAUGUGCAGGACUUCACCAUUGCCUGUGAGAUGGAGCCAGUCUGCAGGGUGACAUUGGUGCCCAAGGUGCCACCUGUCAUCUUUGGCGGCCAGCACCUCAUCUUAUAUGCCAGGGUGCCCUUCUCCACACAGGUCAAGAAGAUCACGGUGCGAGGUCAGCUUGGCACUAAUCCUGUUCUGAACACGAUGGAGGGAGAACACUUCACUGUGGUGCACGAUGAGGCAAAGUCCCUUCACAGACUGGCAGCACGCUCUCAAAUCCUCCAGUGGCAGCUUGACGAGGAGGAAGGCAUAGGGGAGGACAUGGUGGCACUGAGUGUGGCAAGUGGCGUUGUGUGUCGCCACACAGCACUGGUUGGCGUGGACCAAGAGUCAGGGAAACCUGUGCCUGAAUUUCCAAAAUCCACAGUGAGGCAGCUAUCAAGAUGCUUUGCUCCAGUAAGUGCAUGUACAUUUGGCAGUUCACCAGCACCAGCAUCAGCAGCAUCAGGCACUAGAUUUUGCUUUAAACAAUCAGCCUUUAGGGGCAAACAACAGGCACCACAACCAGGGUCUCUUUUCAGAGCAACGACACCAUCAUUCUUCCUGUGCGACAGUGCAUCACCACAACAACUAGAUUCAAGCUUUGGGGCUACACAACAGGCACCACAAAUAAGGCCUCACUCUGGCACAAUGACACCAUCAAGCUUCCUGUGCAGCAGUGCAUCACCACCACAGCCAAAUUCAAGCUUUGGGGCUGCACCAGAAACAAGGCUUCACUUUGGUGCAAUGACACCAUCAAGCUUCACAUUUGGCAAUGCACUACUACAAUCAAAAGUGACACCAUCAAGCUACAAAUUUGGCAGUGCAACACCAGUAACAGACUCAGACUUUUGUUCAAUGCCAUGUUAUAACUUUGGUAUUGAUAAUUGGAUGCAGAAAGCAGAUGCCACCCACCAGCCUCCCUCCCAGCCUUCCAUGGGGCUUAUGGAAGUGGUUAGUCUGCAGCAGUUUGAUGGGUCGUGGAAGCUGAUAGAUGCAGCACACCUCACUGGCAUGCUUCUUGAUGCUCUCUCUGCUGUCAAUCCUACCAAGAGUGAGGCAGCUUGGGCUACAGCACUGGUGCUAGCAUUACUGAAAAAGAAGUUUGGUGAGCAGAAGGAGGAGUGGGAGCUGCUGGCCACCAAGGGGCGCACCUUCCUGGCCGGGUGUGGGGAGCAGCCUGAGGAACUGCUGGCCAAGGCUUGCCUCAUGCUCAACUCCCAGUGACUCCCCACAGACACAAGGCAGUGGCAGUGGCUUCCUGUCAGGCUUAGCCGCUACUAUAGUCUGUAUUUAGAAACACUUUGCUCUCACACCAUGACUAUUUUCAAAGGCCACAGAGAUGAUCAACUGGAUUCUCAAGAGUGUUUUUCCUGUUAAUGUAGAAAUCUUGUUAAUAAGUCACUAGAACCAUAAAAACACUCUUAAAAGGUUGUAUCACUUCAACUAGAGCCUUUUGAAAGCAGUCAAGGUGUGGGCAGAAGUGUGUCAGAAUGUGGUACUGAAAACUGUGGUGGAGCUGUGUGUGUGGCUCAUAAUUUGCCACACACUUCUUAUAUAUCAUAUUUUUAAUUAAAUUUAUAUAUAGUUUUUGCGCACACACACACACACACACACACACACACACACACACACACACACACACACACACACACACACACACACACACACACACACACACACACACACACUGCUUUUUUAUGGUAAUACAUUCCACUUAAAUAUUGUUGUGUUUGGAAAAUUGUAUUUCUGCACUUCUUUAUCUUCUCUGGUCUCUCUAUAUGUGUGUGUGUGUGUGUGUGUGUGUGUGUGUGUGUGUGGUGGGGGGGGGGAGACUGUCUGCCUUUCACAGGAUUCAGGUCAAGACAGCACAGCAAGUAAAACAGCACUGUGGUGAAAAGUCAUUGCCACAAGUACUGCUACUCACUAAAGAUGCCACAAGUUGUCAGUGUGCAGCAAUAGCCAGGCAGCACUUGGCACACAAACUUGCAUCAACUCACACAACUUGCUUGCUUCAACUUCUAGUGAAUGGACUGUACUUCUUUUAACAUACUCCUGUUUUGGUUCUUUGUAGGUUUCUGAAAUAUAUCAAAUGGAUAAUAUUGAAUUGACAUUAUUGUGUUCAUGGAUGAUUCAGUAUUGAAACAGUUUUCAAGCCAAUGUAUGAGCAGGGCUUGCCUGGCUUCAGUACUGUGGGUCUCUAUCGGCAGUUUGCCGCUAUUGAGCAAUCUCACAUGGGAGAUCAAUUUAACAACAUCUUGACAUAAAUUACAAAUAAAACUAAGAAUGUUGCUAGGCAAAAUGUGCAUGCACAGGCAGUGUAAUUACAUUUAGAAAGUUAUACUUAUUGUCAGUGGCUAAUUUACUGAGGGAGUUAAUGAUUGAUAUAUGAUGAAAAUAAAAGAUGUGGAAACAACCUGUGAUACACAGCAUGUCUUGUAACCUCAAUAGGAGAGAGAAACAUUUGAAACAUUUUAUUAUGCCCAUAUAAAUUUUUGUUACAAUUUGCAUGUUAUGUGGUUGAAUAAGGCAGCACAUAAUAAAGCAUUUGAGCUCUUUGAACAAUA